AUGGCUGCUGCCGUACCCAAAGAUGACCCAAUGUUUCAGAUUCCCACAGUCGACAUUUCAGGUUAUCUCGCUGAUCAGACUUCGGCGGCAGCGGAUGAAGUAGUCGACAAGAUACGUGCCGCUUGCAUUACGAGUGGUUUCUUCCAGGUUACAGGUCAUGGUAUAUCGGAAUCCGCCAGGGAUGGUGUAUUGAAUGCGGCGAAAUUGAUCUUCGAUCUAUCGCGUGAGGAGAAGCUGAAUCUCAGUGGUGUACCUGGGCGAGGCUAUGAGGCUAUUGGGGAUCAAGUUUUGGAGCCAGGCAAAAAAGCGGACCUGAAGGAGGGCUAUUAUAUAGGCCGUGAGAUCCUGAACAAUAAGCCACCCUACCGACCAUUCCACCACCCCAACAUAUGGCCAACCGAGAAGCAAAUAGCCAACGAGUACUUCAAAGACCCUGUGGUCAGGUACCAUGAGGUGAUUUCAAACCUUUCAGCACACCUAAUGCAAAUCCUUGGACGAAGCCUUCAGGACAUAGACACCAGCAUAUUCAAGGACUUCAGUCGCGAGCCUAUCGCUGUCGUCCGCCUUCUCCACUACCCACCGCACCCGACGACGGACGACCCAGAGCUCGUCGGUGCAGGUGCCCACACAGACUUUGGAGCCAUCACAUUACUGCUCCAGGACGGACACAGCGGUCUACAGGUCCUCAACCAAGACACGGAAGAAUGGGUCGACGUGCCACCCAACAAGGACUCGUAUGUCGUCAACGUCGGCGAUAUGCUCAAUAUCUGGACGGCUGGCAGGUACAAGAGCAGUGUUCAUCGGGUCAUCAACACGAGCGGCACGGACAGAUAUUCUGUGCCGUUCUUUUUGGACGGGAAUGCUGAUUGUGUCAUUAAGCCAUUGGAUGGGUCGGAGGGACUGCAGGUCACGGUGGAAGAGCAUAUGCUGUCACAGUUCGCUGCGAGUUACAAGUUAUGA